AUGAGGGUUGCUUCACAAUACGCGAUUGCUCUAGCUUUGGUCUCAUAUUCUCUUGCUGGUACUGUCCAGAAGCCCAACCUCGUUCUGCCCAAGGGCUCGAAGCAACAUCGCGAUGCGGUGACGAAGAUUUUCGUAGACAGUUAUGAAGCGUAUAGGACAUUUGCGUUUGGACAUGAUGAUCUCUCCCCAGAGAGUCAGUCAUUCAGUGACGGUCGCAACGGUUGGGGAGCAACAAUCGUGGACGCACUACCCACGAUGGCCAUCAUGGGGCUUGAGGAUUUCUUUACCGAAGGGCUAAAAUUCUCAAGUAACAUCGACUUCAGCAAGUCUCAGACACCUGAUACCGUCAGUGUGUUCGAAACCACCAUUAGGUACUUGGGGGGGCUGUUAAGCGCGUAUGAGCUUAGCGGACAGAAAUUCCCAGUUCUGGUGGAGAAGGCGAAGGAGGUCGCUGACAAGAUGGCAUUCGCUUGGGUCGGAGAUAAUAAAGUACCAUUUGGCUUCGUUGAUUUCUCGACAAACACUCCGACCAAAGCUACUUCUAAUAUUGCCGAAGCUGGAACGCUCGCACUGGAAUGGUCCACACUGAGCAAGUACACUGGCAAUGAUACGUACAGACGACUUGCAGAGGGUUCCCUGAGACAGAUAGCUAGUUUGCCUGAUCCUCUCCCUGGACUUGCGGCUCAAGGAAUCAAUCCCGCUACUGGGCAAUCAGUCGGGGCCUUUGUUACUUGGGGAGGUGGCUCGGAUAGCUACUUCGAAUAUCUCAUCAAAUACGCACGGCUCAGCAACACAGACGACCCCGUUUUCGCUGAUACUUGGGCUACAGCGGUCGACUCCUCCAUCAAGACGUUGUUGAGAACUUCUACGGUGGGGAACUUCACAUAUCUGGCCGACUUCGACAACAACAGGCAGAUUCGUCACGUUGGUUCGCACCUCGCAUGCUUCCACGGCGGCAACUGGAUAUUGGGUGGUAAACUCCUCAACAACCAAACACUCGUUGACAUCGGGUUGAAGUUAGUAGAUGCGUGCAUAAACACAUAUACCGGCACUGCCACGGGGAUUGGCCCAGAGUCCUUCGCCUACAUAUCCGCAGACGGUAGCUUUACUGGUUCCAGUGGCCGUCCUACUGCAGACCAGCUUGCAUUCAACGACAAGCACGGUUUCUACAUCACAGGCUCAGACUAUAUCCUCCGCCCCGAAGUCCUGGAAUCUAACUUCUACGCGUGGCGAGUGACUGGGGACACGAAGUACCUCGACAACGCCGCCGCCGCAAUCGAUAGCUUCAACAAGUUCCUACCCGCCACCGUUGGGUUCGCUGGCAUAGAUGACGUCAAUGACCCGAAUUCGGAGAAGAUUGACGAUACGGAGAGUUUCUGGUUUGCAGAAGUUCUAAAAUAUCUAUACCUAACCUUCGAUGAUCCCGAGCAUAUAAGCCUCGACGAUUUUGUGUUCAACACCGAGGCCCAGCCAUUCAUCGCACCGAAGGCAAAAGGGACGUACGGUAGUGGCGCUAUUCGAGGACCUAGACCUUUCAAAGCGCAAAGCGGCCCAUUGCCCGAAAUUAGCCCUAAUCCAUUCCUCCCUCAACCCCUCAAGAAGAUCACCAAUCCUCAGUCUUAG